AUGGAUUUGCUUUCGUUUCUUGUUUUCUUCUGCAUUCUCUCAUCGGUCUCCGGUCAAUUUUCCGACGAAAAGGCGGCCCUUUUGGAGAUCAAGAAAUCACUUUCCGACCCACAUGGAAUCCUCGCCACCUGGAACGCCGCCGCCGCCUCCGACCACCACUGCUCCUGGUACGGUGUUUCCUGUGAUUCAGACAACAGGGUUUCUUGUCUGAAGAUCGGAGGUAACUUCUCUCUCUCCCCUUCUUGCUCAUCGAAAAAAUCCGAGUUCUCGUUGCAUGCUUUCGGUAUCGAAAGAAACUGCUCCGAGCCAAAACAAUUAAGCGGCGGCAGGCUCUCGUCUGCUGUGGGGAAUCUCACACACCUCAGGAUUCUCUCGCUCCCGUACAACAACCUCGCCGGAGAGAUUCCCGUCGAGAUUUGGCAAUUGAAAAAUCUCGAAGCGAUCGAUCUCGAAGGAAACGACUUCGCCGGAGAUUUCUCCGGUUACCGAUUCUCCGGUAUGAAAAAAUUGAGUGUUCUUAAUUUAGCAUUCAACGGAAUCUCCGGUCCGUUUCCACGUUCGUUGUCCGAAUGCAAUGGCUUGAGGGUUUUGAAUUUAGCGGGAAAUGAGAUCGGUGACGUCAUUCCCGAAUUCAUUGGCGGUUUGAGGAAUCUAAGCGUGUUGAAUUUGUCGUUUAAUCGGUUGGUCGGAUCUUUUCCGAGUUCGUUGGGAUUCGAUUGUGGGAAUCUCGAGCAUUUGGAUUUAUCGGUUAAUUUGUUACGCGGGGAAAUUCCGCGCGCUUUGGGGAAUUGCACACGUUUGAGGACACUUUUGUUGUCUUCGAAUUUAUUGCGCGGUGCUAUCCCUAACGAGAUUGGAGAGAUCCGAAGCCUCGAAGUGUUGGAUGUUUCUAGAAACGGCUUACGUGGGGCCCUCCCACCGAAUCUAGGCAAGUGCGAGAAUUUGUCGGUUCUUGUCCUCUCGAGUGGGGUCCACUUUCGUGGUCCACGUGGAGGAUAUUCCGUCGCAGCAUUGAAUGAGUCGAAUUCGUUCGAGGGUUCCAUUCCGGAAGAGAUCACGAAGCUUCCGAUAUUGGAGAUUGUGUGGGCCCCACUUGCCGGUUUCGGAGGCAAAUUCCCGAGCAAUUGGGGAAAAUGUGAGAGCUUAACAAUGGUGAACUUAGCUCACAACUCAUUUACCGGUGAUAUCUUCGAUGCAUUUACGAGAUGCAAUAAUCUCCGAUAUCUUAACCUAAGCUACAACCGGUUGAGCCGACAGUCGGACGAAAAUCUUCAUUUUCCGUGCAUGGAAACGUUCGAUAUUAGCGGGAACUUGUUAUCGAAGCCAAUCCAAAACUUCAAUGACACAAAUAUCUGCCACCAAGCGCAAAACGAGCUUGCCUCUUCACGCGCUACACCAUCUUCGUCUUACGUGUCGUUCUUCUCACAACAACAAGAAGAAGAGCCACAUCAGCACCAAAACGGUGACAAAAAACCGAAAAAACCGCACCAUAACCGAUCAAAACCUGCACAAUCAAACUCCAGCGGCCGAACCCGAGCGAUGUACUUCCUCAUAGCGGGGUGCGCAAUUACCAUAUUCUCCGCCCUGUCAAUCCUCCUAGGUUUCCUAGCCGUGUUCUGUUUUUGCAAGAAAACGCCGACGACGACAACAGCCGCUUCAGAAUCCUCCGCGCCACCACCUCAGCGCACGAAGCGAGUCACACUUUUCAACGACAUCGGCGUACCUCUAACGUACGACAUCAUCAUUCAAGCCACACAGAACUUCCACCGUAGGAACUGCAUCGGGAACGGAGGGUUCGGAUCGAUCUACCGCGCCGACAUCGCGCCGGGGACCACAGUCGCCGUCAAGAAACUCACCGCCCAACGCAACCAGGGGGCCCCACAGUUUAUCGCCGAGGUCAGCAUCCUCGGAAGAAUUAAACACCCACACCUCAUAACCCUAAUCGGCUACUACGCGAACCGAGAUGAAAUGUUCCUUAUCUACAAUUACCUCCCCGGGGGUAAUUUGGACCGGUUCAUAAGAGAUCGCGCGAGGCGGGCGUUCGACUGGAGCGUGCUCCACAAGAUAGCCCUCCACGUAGCGUACGCGAUCUCCUACCUGCACGAACACUGUAGCCCUAGUGUUCUCCACCGAGAUAUCAAGCCGAGCAAUAUCUUAUUGGAUAAUGAUAACAACGCCUACCUGUCGGAUUUCGGCUUGUCGAGGAGCCUUCCGACCAAUGCGACGCAUGCGACUACCCGUGUGGCGGGGACUUAUGGGUAUAUCGCGCCCGAGUAUGCGCUGACCGGGAGGAUAACGAACAAGGCGGAUGUUUAUAGCUACGGCGUGGUGUUGCUGGAGCUGAUGUCGGAUAAACGGGCUUUGGAUCCGUCGUUUUAUAUGCACGAGGACGGGUUCAACAUCGUUUCGUGGGCGGGAUUGCUGCUCAAGGAGGAUCGGCCCGAGGAUAUUUUCUUCCAGGGCUUGUGGGAAUCGGGCCCGCAGGACAAGCUCGUAAAGAUACUGCAUGUGGCGCUAUUGUGCACCGUCGUUGUGCUCGAUGCGAGGCCGACGAUGGAUCAGAUUGUGCAGCGGCUCGAACAGCUUCAUUAGUGCCUGCACCUCAUAAGAUGUGAGG